GUCAGUCUGGAGCUGCAGCAGCUGAGCGCCUUGUUUCCUACGCGGUCAUGGUUCGGUCUGACUGUUGCAGACGCGUGUUUCCUCUCAUCUGAUGCGCAGCCUCUUCGCUCAAAGUCUCCAGCUUCAGUCCAGGGAACAAACGGAGGUCGCUGCCGCCUGCGGUCACAUCGCCGAGGAACUGCAUGACAUAUAUUUGGGAUUAAAAUGGUCAUCAAGGUUUACAUCGCGUCCUCGAGUGGCUCUGUGGCGGUGAAAAAGUAUCAGCAGUCCGUCGUUGGUUUCCUGGAGGCCAACCGCAUCAGCUUCCAGGAAAUAGACAUCACCAUGCUGGAGGAGCGAAGGCUCUGGAUGUACCGCAACAUACCCCGGGACAAGCAGCCAGAGAAAGGCAACCCGCUGCCUCCGCAGAUCUUCAGUGAUGACUGCUACUGUGGGGACUACGAAGACUUCUUCCAAGCGAAGGAGAACAACACUGUGUUUUCAUUCCUUGGCCUCAGUUCCAAACCCUCAGUGAAAGAUUCAGAGUCAUAGAUCCAACUGCUGGUGGUGUCACGUCCAGGUGACCUUCAAAGAUGAGGACACAAACCGCAUCGCUCCCUGUGUUGCAUCACGUCCUUCGCCGUGAUCCUCUUGAUACGACGCCAGCAUUUUGCCAAACCUCACCACCCCCUGGGAUCUUUUCCUCCCUGUAUGACCCCUCCUGACUUUAAAAAACUGUCUAAACAACAUUCCACCAUCAGUGAAGUCCCAGAGACGUGUCUGACUCCCAAGAUGCCACUAAGACUUUACCACAGAAGAAGAGUAACCUUAGGAUGGAGGCGUUUGUGUGUCCUACUCGUCUUUAACGUACUGUCAUGGUAAAAUGCAGUAGCAUGAAUUCGGUGCAAACUAGACGACAACGCAGCAGUUCUUCAAUGAUCAGGUGCAGCAGUGCAGCACGAGCCACCUGAACACACUCCUGUAUUGUGUGUGCAUGCCUUAAUGUGUGUGUGUGUGUGUGUGUGUGUGUGUGUGUGUGUGUGUGUGUGUGUGUGUGUGUGUGUGUGUGUGUGUGUGUGUGUGUGUGUGUGUGUGUGUGUGUGUGUGUUUUUCUGUCUCCAUCAGCAGCUGUUAAUGAAGGCUGUGUUAAGUGAGGGAGCUGAGAUGUAGCACUUCAUGCAACCUGAAACAACCCGAGGCCGAGCAUCUAUAUCUCUGUGUGUGUGUGUGUGUGUGUGUGUGUGUGUGUGUGUGUGUGUGUGUGUGUGUGUGUGUGUGUGUGUGUGUGUGUGUGUGUGUGUGUGUGUGUGUGUGUGUGUGUGUCAGGAUGCCUCCCCAGAGGUGACAGUGACACUGCAGCUUAACACAAAGCAGAUGAGACCAUCCUUUAAUUCUGAUUAUACAUCAUACCGUUGCCAGCGUCUAUGUUGACUGUGUAGUUACUGCCAUCAAAUAAACACACAACUUGUUUUUUUAUCAUUCCACUGCCGGCUUGAUUAAAGUACGCUGGCCGAGACGUAUUACACAAACAAAAGCACAUAUGCAAAAGCCACAACACAACUGCAAAAGCCGCACAACGAUCACUGUAUUUUGUUUUAGCAAACAUGACUCACACAGGGGUAAACAGCACGUUCGUAGGGAUUAAUUUUAGCUGCAGAUUAUCACACAUUUGGGGUCUAUUACUGAGCGUUCUCGGCAACAGAAUGGUGAUUGUGGGAUUGACUGAAAAUAAAAGACAGUGCCCAGGUUUCUGAUAAUGAAGGAACAUGUCACUCAGAGCAACAGUGCGGCUCACUAAUCCAUAUCAGGCUUUGAAAAACGCAGACAGGGAUUUGUUGAUAACAUGAAAAAUAUGUUGUUGCAAUGUCUUCAGGCUCCAAUCCAAACAACUAUAGACUAAGUGUAAUAGAUUACUCCAAGUGUUGCGAUGGAGGAACUAAGAGGUUGUUGUUGCUUUGAGGUCAUUGAGAGGCAAAGCUCCCAGCCUCUGAUCUCCUCUUCUGCGCCUCCACUUCUCUCUCCAGAUAUUUCCGAUGUCUGAGUAGAUCGAUGCAGAAACAUGAGCAAACUAGCACCCUCCCUCCAGCCCUGUCCUCUGUAUCCUGUGUCUUUCUUUAAUGUCAACACGUAGCGUUGUCUCCUCAUGGCUCUCUCCCCUAUUAAAUCGUCAUGGUCGGGUGCUGUUGGGUGCAAACAAGCAGAAAAAACACUCCCACAAACCAUUUCUCCUGAAUGUUGUGCCAUCUGAAAAAGCAGGAUAUGCCCUUUUUAAUUAACUCCAAGUCAAACGGGACAUCACAUUGUUGCCGUCGAUCCUGACAGCAUUCCUAUUUUUUACUAUUGCCAGAUCAUGACUUGAAUUUCUUGCAGUUUUUGUGAGGCGAUAUUAACAUCUGUCACACCUCUGUCUGCGACUGUGGCAUUUCUUUUUGUUUCAUGAGAGCAUCACACUCACUGACACCUCACCGUGUGGGUUAUUUUGCACAACAAAGCCAAUUAAAAUACUUUUGAGUAUUA